AAUGUAUUAUCAAUCACAACCUCCUAUGAUGCCGCUGGCUCAUAUGAUGAACAACCCCGCGCAAAUGCAAUAGGCCACCAACAUAAGAAAGCCUGACUUCCCACCUGAUGUAUUAUGGUAUGAUCAUAUUUAGAUGCAACCCAUUUUUGUGAUUCCUUAAAUAGCGCACAUUAAAUCUUAGCCAAAACCAAAGUGCAGACCUUAUGACCCAGUGUUAGGUUUGGGGAGGAAGGCUGAGUGGAUGCUGGACAAAUUUGAGGAUGAGUACGAGCAGAUGCAGAGGGAAGAAAGAGAGAAGGGUAUAUUCUGUAUUUAUAAAAAUAAAGAUAUUGUGAAGCCAUCGAGAUUGCCGCUCAAAAUUCUAAAGAGAUUGGAAAAGAAGCAUCAACACAACGAGGAAUUGAAGAAGUUGUUGUAAUUAUGGAAUCCCUUUGAAGAUCCUAAUAUCACAUCUGAACCUUAUAAAACACUGUUUGUGGGCAGAUUGAAUUAUGCCACAACGGAUAAAAAAUUGCGUAAGGAAUUUGAAGAAUAUGGACCAAUCAAAUCAAUAAGAAUCAUACGUGAUUCUACUUAAGAUAAGCCUAGAGGCUAUGCAUUCAUUGGUAAGGGGGUGAUCUUAAAUUAAAAGAGUAUGAGAGCAAGAACAGUGUUAAAUAAGCUUAUAAAUAUGCAGUAGAUAAGCGUAUUGAUGGAAGAAAGUUGGUGGUUGACAUCGAAAGAGGUAGAACAAUUCUGAAAUGGAGACCCCGUCGUCUCGGUGGUGGUCUUGGAGAAUUGAGGAGAUCAAGAAGUGAAGAAUUGUCUAAAAAACCCAAAGAGGAACAUGUAGAAAAGGACGAGGAAGACAAAAGAAGGAAAUCGAAAAAAGGUAUUUAAUAUUCAUUAGUUUUCUUAGAAGAGGUAAAACCGACCAAGAAACCCAGAGAGAGAUCUCGAUCCAAGUCUGUCAAAAAACAUAAGAAGAGAGAGGAGAGUCCAAUUAAAAAAUAAAAAAGAAGAGAGAAAUCAAAAAAGAGACAUAAAUGAGUUGAUAAUGC